CAGGGCGGUAGGGCGAGGACCCUGAGGCUUGGCGGGGAAAGGGCCCGCCCCCCUGCGGAGGGAGGGCCCGGGAGAAGGGGCUGGGUCCCGGGAGAUAUGGGAGGAGCCCGAGGCCCGCUGCUCCCCGCCUUUAGCGCCUGGAGCCCCAGCUGCCUGGAGGCCGAACUUCCGUCUCCUGCAGGCACAGAGGCGGCGGCCAGUCCAGCGCUCACCCACCUCCAGCGCGCACAGCCCGGGCGGGCAAGGCCCACCAAGCUUGACCUUGGGUCUCGACCCGUCGGGUUUCACCGCACCCCGGAGACAGCCGCCUUCGAGUCCCCUGUCGCUGUCUCAGCGCGCCCCUCUCUCGCCUCCGGCGAUCCCCAUGCACCUGCCCGGCUGCGCGCCCGCCAUGGCCGACGGGAGCUUCUCGCUCGCCGGCCACCUGCUCCGCAGCCCGGGCGGGAGCUCCUCCAGGUUGCACAGCAUCGAGGCCAUCCUCGGCUUUACCAAGGACGAUGGGCUCCUCAGCGCUUUCCCGGCGGAGCGAGGCAUCCGGGGCGCCAAGGAGCGGGAUCGGAGGCUGGGUGUGCGGCCCGCCUGUCCCAAGGAAAUCGGGGAAGAUACUGAGCCCUCCUCGGCGCCCGCCCCGGCGCCCGCCCCGGAGUAUGAAGCUCCCCGCCCCUACUGCCCCAAGGAGCCCGGGGACGCACGGCCGAGCUCGGGGUUGCCGGGCGGGCCGGCCGCAGGCGACCCGAAGCCGUCGGAGGAGGAGCAGCCCAAGAAGAAGCAUCGGCGCAACCGCACGACGUUCACCACGUACCAGCUGCACGAGCUGGAGCGCGCGUUUGAGAAGUCCCACUACCCCGACGUGUACAGCCGCGAGGAGCUGGCCGGCAAGGUCAACCUACCCGAGGUCCGCGUGCAGGUGUGGUUCCAGAACCGACGAGCGAAGUGGCGGCGGCAGGAGAAGCUGGAGGUGUCGUCCAUGAAGCUGCAGGACUCGCCGCUCCUCUCCUUCAGCCGCUCCCCGCCCUCGGCGGCCCCUGGGGGCCCCUUGGGGGCCGGCCCCGGGCGGUGGAAAGAGGAUUCGGGCCAGGAACCCUGGGGGCCGCCCGGGGGGGGACCGACUAGACGCAUAACCCCCCAGAGCCCCCCCGCUUCGCAUAGAUCGGGCCCCUAUUCCGAGAGAGGCCCACGGGCUUCAAACCCACCGGCCAGAUAUAUAUAUGAUGACCUCCGGCCAAUCUACACGCCGCCGCCGCCCUUCCUGAACUCGCCGCCGCUGGGCCCCGGCCUGCAGCCCCUCGGGCCGCCGCCGCCCGCCUACCCCUGCGGGCCGGGCUUCGGGGACAAGUUCCCGCUGGACGAGGCGGACCCGCGCAACAGCAGCAUCGCCGCGCUGCGCCUCAAAGCCAAGGAGCACAUCCAGGCCAUCGGGAAGCCGUGGCAGGCCCUCUAGGGCCCCGGGGACCGUGGCGGGAGCCGUCGUCGGGCUGCGCAGCUGGCACCCGCACGCGCACCCUCCGCUCGGCCCUUUCUUUCCCCUUCCCGCCUGCAGGCGGCAGGCCAGGCUUGGGUCGGGGACGCGCUCCUGCCCCCCUGACCCCCGGGGGGAGGCCCGGGACUGUCGCUGCUGGCCGCGCCGCUCCUGUUCCCGAGGGCCUGGGGCCUCCAGACCCAGGGGGAGCCAGCCCUCUUGACCUUGGCCGCUCCCGGAAGGCGCGGCGAUCCCCAGAUAACGUCGACAAGAAGCAGGCGGCGGCAGAAAAAUAGUUUGAGGACGUGUUCCUAUCAGUAGUUUCAGAGAAUCCGGGAGGAGAAUUAAAGAGUGACUUGUUUUGGUUUGA